CCACCCCAGGCUACACCUGGAGAAUCGUUCAUCUCCAGCUUCAGGAGUAAAUUUCUGAAUGAGCUUCACAAAGUCCACUUACCUUCAUGGGCUUUGGUGACUCUGGGCUUUAUCAUAGUCCUCCUCAUUCUCAGCUGCUGCUUCUGCAUAUGCAGGAAGUUUGUGUUCAAGAAGAAAAAAGAAAAAGCGGGGAAAGAGAAGAGUGGCAAGGACAGUAUCAGCAUGUCAACUAUGAGAGAGGAGGACUUUGCACAGACUCUUCAUCAUAAACCUGACUCUCAACCUCAGGACAAAGAGGAGGAUCCUAAAGAGGAAGUAAAGCUGGGAAAACUGCUGUUUAGUCUCGACUACAACUUCACUGACAGCGCACUUGUUGUAGGUGUAAUCCAGGCAGAAGACCUUGCUGCCAUGGAUAUGAGUGGAACGUCUGACCCAUAUGUCAAGCUGUAUCUCUUGCCAGACAAGAAAAAAAAGUUUGAAACCAAAGUUCACCGGAAGACACUUAACCCCACUUUCAAUGAGCAUUUCACAUUUAAGGUUCCAUACACAGAGCUGGGUGGGAAGACGCUAGUCAUGACAGUUUAUGACUUCGACCGGUUCUCUAAGCAUGAUGCUAUUGGAGAUGUGAGAGUGCAGAUGAAUAAAGUUGAUUUUAGUCAUGUCACUGAGGAAUGGAGAGCCCUACAAAAGGCAGAGAAAGAAGAGCAGGAGAAGUUGGGGGAUAUUUGCCUGUCCCUACGUUAUGUCCCCACUGCGGGAAAACUAACAGUUGUCAUUCUGGAGGCCAAAAACCUCAAGAAAAUGGAUGUGGGAGGACUGUCAGACCCUUAUGUUAAGAUCCAUCUGAUGCAGAAUGGCAAAAGGUUAAAGAAGAAGAAAACAACAAUUAAGAAAAACACACUGAACCCAUAUUACAAUGAAUCUUUUAGCUUUGAAGUUCCAUCGGAACAAAUUCAGAAGGUGCAGGUUGUAGUGACAGUACUGGAUUAUGAUAAAAUUGGAAAGAAUGACGCCAUUGGGAAGGUUUUGGUGGGACUGAACAGCUCAGGGACUGAGCAACGUCACUGGGCAGACAUGUUGGCCAAUCCAAGAAGACCCAUUGCUCAAUGGCACGCCCUUAAACCUGAAGAAGAAGUGGAUGCAGAGAUCUCAAAGAAAUGA